AUGACUGCCGAGGAGAACGCCGAGAGCAAGUAUGAGGUUCGAGAGGUCAUCGGAAGAGGGGCUUUUGGAGAGGUGAACCUCGUUGUAGAGAAGCAAACAAAGCAGAGGUAUGUGCUCAAGCGGAUCAAAAUGGCGCGUCAAAGCGAAUGGCAAAGGAAGGCGACACGUCAGGAAAUUGAAAUUGUCUCCCGGUUGCGGCAUCCGUUUAUCAUGCCAUACAAGGAGCAUUGGACGCACCACGGUCACACCAUCAACGUUGUGUACGGAUAUUGUGAAAAGGGCGACCUGACGAGUGCUAUCACGAAGCAAAAGGGCAAGUACUUUACGGAGGAGACGCUGCGGCUGUGGCUAGCGGAGCUGCUGCUGGCCGUUGACUACAUGCACCGCCAGCACGUCUUACAUCGUGACAUCAAAACGCAGAACAUCCUGCUUACCGGCGAGGGCGAUGUUCAGAUUGGCGACUUCGGACUGUCCACUGGUACCGUCAACGACUAUGCGCUUGUGGGGACGCCCCACUUCAUGAGCCCGGAGCUGCUGUCCAGCCAGAAGUACUCGUAUGAGACGGACAUCUGGUCGCUGGGCGUAGUUAUGUACGAGCUUACAACUUUGAAGCCGCCCUUCAACGCCUUUAACCUGGCGGGCCUGGUCGCCAAGAUUAAAAAAGCCGCGUUGCCGCCCAUCCCGCCCUGCUACACUGCGGACUGGACGGGGAUCCUCAAAAGGUGUGGAUGCUGA